UCCCUCAGCUGUAACUCAUUAAGUCAUCAAUUAGCAUGCUCAGAGCAGGCUUUGAAUGAUGAGCCCAUGAUGUGUCUUCCUUUUGGCCUGUUUGUUGGUUGUAGUCCAUGGAUCAGCAGGGCAGCAUGUUUCUGGGAUUGAACAUCAGACUUGCACUGGUUUAUCUGGCUUUAACAGGCAUAUGUGUGUGUUGUGGUCAACAUCAAGAACGCAGCUAUGUCUUCAAAGGCUUUCAGCAAAGUGGCCUGCAAGCAGUCCGGAGGAUGGGGGCACCUGACUCUGCAGAAGAUCCCAUGGAACUUCCUCCCUCCGGGGAAUGGAUGGCUGGGUCUGAUUGGGUUCGAAGAGAGAGUGAGCGCCCAGCUCCCCGAAGUCACACACCUGGAAGGCCACAACUCGUCAGACGGUCUUCCUCUUACUCCCAGAGUGGUGUGCCAUCUACACAGACCGCCAUCAGACACCCCAGUCGCUCUCUUCAGGGUAGUCCAGGGAGCACUGACCCAGGACCUGUUGCAGUGGUCCACGGCAGCUACAGGCCUGUUCAAUCUCAGUUUGGCUACUGGAGCACAAACCCAGAUGAGUCCAGAGUUUCUAUCAUGCGUCAUAAUGCUGACUGGCAGGACUCGCCCUCUGUUGUCUCUAGCUCCGCUAUAAAUGUUCUUGGAAGCAGUGCCCAUAGUAGGCAGGCUUCUGCUAGUGUCAAACAAGCACACGGGCUUGGGGCUGGAGGCGACGCUACAGUGAGCACAUCUGUUGCUGAGCAGCCCUUUAAAGAGGCUCUGUCCAGAGGAGGAGCUCAAUAUGUGAAAAUUAAGCUACACAAAAGACCAAAUUGGAUCCCACAUCCCCUAAUGGUUCACCACGAAGGCCAGGGGCAGUCCUUGUCUAGUGUAGACGGCAGCUCCUCCUAUGUACAACAUGGAAUGGUAAACUCGCCUAUUGAAUCCAGACAUGUACAAGCCCCCCAAAGCAACAUCCGGAAUGUUCAGUCAGUGUCGAGCAGAGAUGGCUAUGGCCUUGACAAACCUAAGACUGGGGAGCUGGGUGAUCCAGCCAAACGCUGGUACAGACCAUAUAAAGUGAUUCAUGCCAGCAACUCUUCUGCUAUGGGACAACCCAGUGAUGCAGGAAGCUCUGUGCCAGGUGGCUACCAAGCACUUAAAAAUGCAGACCCUCAAAUGGUUGCCAGACCAGAUGGCUUAUUUGAUCAACAUAGAAGUGCUGGUGACGUCCGGAAAACCACAAGGGUCAAAACCAGCCGCCAUUUCACUGUGCCUCGUUCAUCUGUCAAUGUUUGGCUUCCUUCACGUUCUGAUGCCCUUAGUUUAUUAAAGAAUAGCCUGGACCUUGUAUCAAAUGCUGGUGCCCUUGGCAGCUCUGGUUCUGUUCAGUCUACUUACAAUCAGUAUUCUAAACCUAUAGCUACAGCAGUCAGCGGAAAAGGUCAGAGCACUCGCACAAAGUUUCAGCAAAAUGAGUAUGACGGCAAACAUCAUGACCCUAACAUAGUUACGCCUCAGUACAGCAGCAGUGCUAAGCCUGGACAGAAUACAAAUGUGAGGACAAGCAAUGAACCUCAGGGUUUCAGACAAAAUCGCAUUGAGGAUUCAAAAAGUCCUGUUCAGACUAAACCUAGCCAAGCCGGUUCUGGUGUGAGUGAGAGUGGCCCCAGGCAAACCCAGAUCUCACCUGUGCGCCACCAGCCUACCAAAUACUAUUUCCUGAGCCAACCAGGACCAGACACAGCCAAAGGCCACCUGUCUGGCGGGGUCAGUGGUGCAACACGUGUGCCCCAGCAGACGAAAAAUAGUGACUCUGCUCUGGAAUCGAGCUCAACGAUUCUUGGGCAGAGACACAAAGGCACCAAGCCCAGUCACGCUUUAACAGGCCCCUACAGCAGAGUUGAUGUAGGUGCGAUCCAAAGCUCCAGGCAGAAAGAAAAGUCCCGGGAAGGCGCAGCACUUUCUGCCAUUAUAACUGGCAACGCUGACUUUGGUCCUAAAUUUGGCCGCUUAAGUUCAGUCAGCUCUCCGAGAAGAGGAUCCGCUCCGAGCCAGGGUAUUGGAAAAAACUCUAGAAUUCAAACCAGGUUAGGUUAUUUUGACAUACCAUCGAUGCCUUUACCAGAUUAUUUUGGUGCUGAUGGAAAAACUUCAGGUCACAGUGGGUCCAGGCUGACCCCUGAUGUUCUGAAAACACUGUCACGGUUAGAUCACAACAUGGCCCGCUUGGCUCAGACCAAAAGUUCCACAAGUAGCUUUGUGGUCGGGACACGUAUGAAUUUGCCCGCCAGCUCCCAGAAAGGAAAACCCUGGCGGAAAUUCAAACCAGUCAGCCUGGCUGACAUCGGUGGAAGUGUUGCCAUCAGACCAAGAAAGAAGACUCGGUCUGCGCUAGAAUCGGAUGAUGAUGAUGCUGCUUUACCGCACCCGGGCGAUGUCUCUACUCUUCAAAGCAGUCAUUUUCCUGCUGAACAGAGCGAUGACACCAAGAGAGUGGACGACCAGAAACCAACUCUUUUAAAGACACACAGGCAGAGAAAUCGGGAUACGAGUGACGGUCAGCAUCCUGAGCAAAGUCAAAAGGCCCAACAGAGCUCGUCACACGACACCAUGAACAUCCACAGACGCUUUACUCCAAGAUCAGGCGGUCAGGUCAAGGGUAGGUCCUGGGAUGCAGAAAACCAGAGUAUGGUGACGUCUGCAAAUUCAGAAAGGAAUGGUGGGUUGGGCAGUAGUCCCUCUACAGAAGGCUCCAUAGCUCCCCCUGUUGCACAUGAGAAACAUGGUGUAGAAUUUGAUAAGGCUGUCCAGUCGGAUCCCAGAACUGCACAUUUAAUCCAGAGUGCAAAAUCCACAAGCAGCUUUGUUGCUGGCAGACAUGUACCUUAAAAGUAGAGGUAGAGUUUUAUUCGAACCAUUUUCCACUCCUGACCCCUACAGCAAGACAUGGUCAUAAUGAACUUAAAGCCACUCCACGUUUCUGAUGUUGGUGAUGCUAAACUGAGUGCAGGGAAGACUGUUUCUGGUCUAUUGUCUGAUGUUAAUGAUGGUGUUGACCAUGUCUAGACCAUUUCUAACUCCACAGACAAAGUCCAAAACGGUCCAUCUGGAGAGGACCAAGAAUUACACCAUGAAUCCUCCAGAGCCUCAGAUGGCACAACACUGAAACCUUGAAAUAAGUGGGUCUGUUUUGUAGUUCUGCGCAGGCACAGUCUGUCCAUCUCUGAGCUUGCUGCCUCCCUCUGAUGCUAUGGCACUCUCUGUUUUCAGACGUUCUUUAGAGUCAUCCAAUGGCUAUGCAGGUAAUGCAUUUAUUUAUUUAUGAAGAAUGACUGUUCCAGGUCUCGCUGAGGCCUGUCCACACUCCACAGGGAAUGCUUUGGAUGGGACUAAAGGCAAACUGCCUGGACAGAACUCGAGCCUGGUCUCCAGAUGGUCCUUUGUGAUCCUACUUGGCUUAUUGUUGCUGAAAUGAUUCUGUCCAUGAAGAAUGUUUCUAUGAAACUGUCCCAAAUCAGUGCUACAAUAAAUCAUUUAAAGUUAAA